CCAUAGAGCCCCGAGACAGGAUUGUGUCGCAUCGGGUGAGAAUGGCUUUGGUCAGGGAGGUGACCAAGAACCCGAUGGUUACUCUGACAGAACUCCAGAAUUCCUCUUUCGGGAUGGGACAACCUUCCAGAAGGACAACCAUCUCUGAAGCACUCUACCAAUCAGGCCUUUAUGGUAGAGUGGCCAGACUGGAGCCACUCCUCAGUAAAAGGCACAUGACAGCCCGCUUGGAGUUUGCCAACAGCCACCUAAAGACUCUCAGACCAUGAGAAUAAAGAUUAUCUGGUCUGAUGAAAUUAAGAUUUAUCUCUUUGGCCUCCAGUGUCAAGUCUGGAGGAAACCUGGCAUCAUCCCUACGGUGAAGCAUGGUGGUGGCAGCAUCUUACUUUGGAUGUUUUUUAGCAGACAACGACAGGAGUGGCCCCUGGGACAGGUCUCUGAAUGUCCUUUAGUGAUCCCGGACUUCAACCCGAUCAAACAUCUCUGGAGAGACCUGAAAAUAGCUGUGCAGCGACGCUCCCCAUUCAACCUGACAGUGCUUAAGAUGAUCUGCAGAGAAAAAUGGGAGAAACUCCCCAAAUACUUGUGUGCCAAGCUUGUAGCGUCAUACCCAAGAAGACUCAAGGCUGUAAUCACUGCCAAAGGUUCUUCAACAAAGUACUGAGUAAAGGGUCUGAAUACUUAUGUAAAUGUCAUAUCAGUUUUAUUUUUUAAUAAAUGGGGUAUUGUGUGUAGAUUGAUGAUGGGGGGAAAAAUACAUUUUAAAAAAGGCUGUAAAGUAACAAAAUUUGAAAAAAAGUCAAGGGCUUUGAAUACUAUACGAAUGCACUGUCUAGCUUUUUUUAAUGUAGAUUUUUAGCUGUGUAGAAAACCAAACACAAUUAAAAUGAGUGAAACAUCCAUGGCCACAUUUUGGGUUACUGUAACUAUACAUUCACGUAUGCAAUCAUAGAAAGUGUGCAUUUUGAAGAUAGUCACAGGUUUGUAGAGAUCUUCACAAUUGCUUUAAUAAUCUGUGCAGAAUCUUGAUCAGCAUUGAUCACUUGCACCAUGCACUUUUUAAUGAAUGCAAUCUUAACUGAAAUUCAGGUCAUUUGGUUGUGCUAUAAGAUUGUGAAAAUGACAACCCUAUUGCAAAGUUCCGAGUGGGGAGUGGGUCGCCAACCGGAGAAUUGCUCAGUGUCCUAGUCACCAAUAUUCUGCCAUUGUGCCCUUGAACAAGUAAUUUAACCCCUAAACUGCUCCAGGGGUGCUGCACUGUAUGGACAUUUGCUUUCUCAAAUGCAAAAUCCACUUAAAGUAUUCUCAGAUUCUCCUUUCUUCCAUUCAUUCCUAGCAAUGCUACUUUAACCCACAUAGAAACAUUGCAUGUUUAAGCUUUUAGUAUAACACUGUUCAUUUAAAUUACUCUGGUUGAAAUACUGAAUUGGUAAUUGAGUAGGUAUUCUCAUACCAAAGGACAUUUCCUGAAUGCACAUGUGAAAAUGAAUGCAGUGAAUCUCUGGAGCUCACAGCUGACAAUAGCAGUCCCGGAUCCGGCAUUUGUGCUGUAUUUGGGCCACCUUGUGGCAAAAACCAACGGCAGCCCUACAACAGAUUAGCAGUCACGGCAGGGCUUAAAUGAACACACUGAAUUUGUGGGGGAGAAAAAAAAUAAACAUCAGUGGAUUAUGACAAUUUCGGAAGUAUUUUCGGUGAUAAUAAAUAGGGACAUAUCUGUGGAUUCCGGGAUGCAAUACGCAUCCAGAUGAAAAUAACUACAGUCCUUUCGCUAAUCCUUGUCUAUCCUUUUUAUCUUGGGACUCAUAGCAGUCUGAUCACUAUGGGACAGCGAAGCGGUGGGACAAAGCCAUGCGGAUGAUAUUCCAGUAAAUUAGAUAUUCAGGUCUCUUUGACUUCAGUGGGCGCUGACUGGAUGCAUGCAGACCAGCUGUGCAGUCUGCAGAUAAAUGUGGGGCAAAAUGUUCCUCGUGUUCUUCCUGGGACUCUACCUGGCAACAGGUGUGUUUCCCUCCUCGGUGAGUGCGUGCCCGUCGCAGUGCAGCUGUUUUUUUCAUAACCUAAGUGAUGGAUCUAAGGCCAGGAGUGUCAUUUGCAACGACCCCGAGAUCUCCCUUGUGCCUGCCAGUUUCCCCGUGGACACGUCCAAGCUGCGUAUUGAGAAAACAGCCAUCCAACGGAUUCCAAGUGAAGCCUUCAACUACCUCCCCAAUCUGGAGUUCCUUUGGAUGUCCUUUAACGUGCUGUCCGCUCUCAACCCGGACAGUUUCCGUGGGCUGCUAGAUCUGGAGGAGCUGCGACUGGAUGGGAAUGCCCUCACCGCGUUCCCCUGGGAGUCUCUUAUGGAUAUGUCCAGCCUCAGGCUGCUGGACUUGCACAACAACCGGUUGACCUCCGUUCCCGCUGAUGCCACAAUGUAUAUAAAAAACCUGACCUACCUGGAUCUGUCCAGCAACAACCUUCUGACUGUCCCGGCCGAGGUGCUAGCCACCUGGCUAACAGUUAAAUCUGCACAUGGCCCAGAUAGCUCCAAAAUGAUACUGGGUCUCCAUGACAACUCCUGGGUGUGUGACUGCCGCCUGUACGACCUGAUCCAGUUCCAGAAGUCGCCAACGCUCUCCGUGGCAUUAAUCGACACGCGCCUCCGCUGCUCCGCCCCCGAGAGUCUGUCAGGUGUUCUGUUCAGCGACGCCGAGUUGCGGAGGUGCCAGGCGCCACGCAUUCACACAGCAGUGGCGCGAGUCCGCAGCGCCUUGGGAAACAAUGUGCUGCUGCGCUGCGGGACCAUCGGCAUUCCCAGUCCGGAUCUGGCCUGGCGGAGGGCGGAUGGUAAAGCCCUUAAUGGGACAGUCCAGCAGGAGAACUCCAAGGAAGGCAUCGUCUGGUCAAUCCUCAGUGUCCCGGCCGUGUCCUACCGCGACUCAGGGAAGUAUGUCUGCAAGGCCAAUAACUACGCAGGCAACGCCGAGGCCGUCAUCUCCCUAGUUAUCUCCGAAGCACCCCCAAAGCCCGACAACAACAACAACCUAACCAGCGUGGUUGCUGCUGCCGUAAAAAAAAACAAAGUCAAGAAACCCAAUGGGAUAGGGAAAGCAGCAUACCAGGAGAAACUGGUGGCUAGGGUAGGGGUUCCCACCACCAGCCCUCCACCCCCACUUGUUGUGUUGGACUCCAGCCCUACGACUGAGGGUGUGGGGAGUGUGGCAGAUAGAGCCACCCCUGGACCAACCACUUUGCCUAGUCCAGAUGGACUCCUGGAGCUGGAGAAAACCAACCUGAGCAACCUGGCCCAGGCCCAGUAUGACCCGGACCGGAUAGUUCGCUCUGUCAAGGUGUUGGGCGACACAGAGAACACAAUCACCCUGAACUGGCGGGCGCCCAAGGCCAAGAACACCACAGCCUUCAGCGUGCUCUACGCUGUCUUCGGCGAGCGGGACAUGCGCAAGAUCAAUGUGGCGGCGGGCCAGAAUCGCGUCUUCAUCGAGGGCCUGGUGCCCAAGACCAAGUACAUUGCUUGCGUUUGCGUCCGGGGCCUGAUCCCCAAGAAGGAGCAGUGCGUCAUCUUCUCAACCGAUGAGGCGGCCAGCGCAGCCGGCACCCAGAAGCUCAUCAACGUGAUCGUGAUCACGGUGGCGUGCGUCAUCGCCGUGCCGCUCACCGUCAUCGUGUGCUGUGGCGCACUCAAGAGGCGCAUCCAGAAGAUGUGGGGCAAGAAGUCCAAGGACAUCCAGGAUUCGUACGUGACUUUUGAGACGCUGUCCCCCGGGACCAAGGCUAAAGGGUUGGAUGGUGAGUACCUGACCAGACUCAACCCUGAGGAGUCCAACCGACUGCUGUCGGCCCGCUCCAGUCUGGACUCAGAGGCCACAGCUAAGAUAGAGGGACAGCCCAACGAGUACUUCUGCUGACAUCAUGCUCCACCUCCCUCCCCAUGCUAUCACCCCCGCUCACACACCCUGGCUCAACACAGCCCCACACACACACCUCAUCUACAUCAUAGCCCCACACACACGUCUCUUCCUCACACACCUCACUCUCAUCACAGCCCCACACACACACCUCAUGCUCACCACAGCCCCAUACAUACACCUCGUGCUCACCAUAGCCACACACACAAACCUUGUCCCCACACACCUAAUCCUUUCUCUCAACCUCAAAUUCAGCAAAGUCCCACAGACACAUUUCGUCAUCACCACAGCCCCAUACGCAAACCUCAAACUCUCCCUGAGGUUCACCACAGCCCCACACACACACACCACAGUCCCACACACACACCUCGCUGUCUCCCUUUCACUUACGGUAGCCCCACACACAUAUCUGGUUCUCUCCCUUUCUCUCACCUUAGCCGUCCACAAACACACUCACACAGGGCACAGGACUCUCUCCCACCUCUCCACCCACGUUGGGCUCCACCACAUAGGGGGUUCUAUCAGAUGACGCUUGGACAAUGCACCAUCAUGGAAAUAUCAGUUUAAAAGAGUUCUGACAUUAAAUUAUAAAAAAAUGUUUUACAUCUGAAAUGUAUAGUAUUUCAACAGAGAAUUUGAAUAUUGUAAUGAGUUUUUACACAUUUGGGGGACUAUUAGUUUUAAAUGAGCCCUCAAACAAGGCCCCAGAGUAUUUCAUUCAAAUUCAUUUAUCAUAGAUAAAUGGACAAUUCUGCCCUUUUAUCAACAUUCAUUAUGCUGUUAGUAUAUAUGCACUACUGUAAGAUUUCAUACACAUUGUGAUGUUCUGUCGUUUUUGUUAGUCAUACUGCAUGAUUUCUAGUUUUUGUAAUUUUGAAGCUUCUGCAUUGCCCUCGUCUACAGCGUUCUACAAUUCCCAGGGUGCAUUUUGUCUCACAUGAUGCAAUGCUUUGCCUAGUUAGCCUGCAGUUAGCUUAGCUAGCUUGCUAUCAAGCCCAGAUGCAUCUUAGUCUAAAUACAUUGCCUAUGUCAUAAGUUAUGAGUGCAUUUCACAUCACUUUUGGGUUGUAAAUAUAUUAUAAUGCUAGCCUCAAUGUCAUAGGGGCCGAUUCCGACCAGAGUAAGCGCGCGUAAAUGGAAAGUAAUUCCAUUUUUAUGCACUUUUCUCUCUAUGCAUAUUCUGACCUUGAACUUAAGCAUGAGAAUAGCGUACUAUUCAUCCGCUAUAUAUUGGGGGUGGAGAUCAAAGAAAUGAAGGUGUUUCGGAGUGUGUACAGAUACAAUGUAUUCUGACCUUGACAUAAUUCCCUCAUAAUUCCAACACCUUUACACGCAAUAAAACAAUGAAUAAGGUUGAGCAACCUGUUGGAAAAUCGACUUAAUUUUUUCAGAUAGAAAUAACUCCUUUCUCCAUACACUGAAAUGUACGAAUUGAUAAGAGCUGGGUAAAUGAUUAAGUCGUUUGGAUAAGGGGAUUGUAAAUAUAAAUUACAAUUGUUUCCGAUAUAUUUGACCUUAUGAUCACUGGAGACAAAUGUGAAACCAGUCAUAUGGCAGAAAACUGAAGCAUAUCAACACGCUGUAACACCUUUUCCACAGUGAAGUGUAUGAAAUGCUGGCCUUAUAACUUGGGAUGAAAUUUGGAGACCCAAGCUAUAGAUUUCUGUAGCCAUGUGCAAAUGACAGUAUAGCGCCAAACCUAACGAGUUCAUUUAUGAUUUCUAGAAUGUUUUAAUUACAUGUCCGGACUUUUCAAUGUAUUUUUUACAAUUUGUAUCAUGUUAAAUAUUAGCCACUAUUGGUAGCCACCAUCAGUUAUACCCACAUACGUUCAUAACUGUCACUGACUUUAGUCUUAAUUUUAUUUGCAUUUUGAAUCAUUCCAUUGCAUAAUUAAUUUAACUUCCUUUCCUCCGUGUUUGCCUGGUUGUUACUGAGCAUCAUUAGUGGAUGGUAUUAGGCUAAUGUAUUACAAGUUGUGCAUUAAUUUGGGACAUGUAGCUUAUUUGAAUCAUUAUGGAACGCAGACCAUACGUAGCAGUUUAAACCUGGAGCAUGGUUCAUGACGACUCGACCGUUGUCGUCACAGUUCCAUGAUUAGUGAGGAGUAUUAGAGUAGAUUUAUAGGACUACUGUUCAACUACUGUACACUUUUCUAACCUUAUAAUAUUAAUUGGAUUGAACAAUUGAAUAUGGCAACUUUCAGGAUGAAUCAAAACACUGCAUUUUUCAUUCACAAAUAUAUUUAUAAAAUGUCAUUUGAUUCAAUUUUUGUGCGUAAAGGCUCUCCAAACCAUUUUUUUAUUCAUGAAUGCUUUCCUAACACUAAAUAAUAUACAAGAUCAGAGAUUUUGUAAAUAUACCAAUUGGUGGUGAAAAGGAGAUAAAUAUGUGGGUAUUUAGGCAUAUAUGGCUUUCUUUCAUUAAUCCCUAAAAUUCAGUCUGUCGUGAGAAUUAAAGGUAAAGGUACACCAAAUUUAAAUGGAUAGCUUUAGAUAAAGGUACUGAAAACCCUAUUGAAUUAAAACUCCACAAGAAAAUCUGUUGGCCAGCAAGUGGGAGGGUUUUCAGUGGUUGAAAUACAUUUAUUCAGAGCAAGCAAGGGAUUUUGUCCACCCACACCAGACAUGAUCAGGACACGCAGGUUGAAAUAUCAAAACGAACUCUGAACCAACUAUAUUAGUUUGGGGACAGGUCGAAAGCAUGAAACAUUUAUGGACGAAUUUUGAAAGAAGCUAGGAGUGAGAUUUUGCCUAGAUGGGGUCUGGGGUUCUUCCCAGGGAAAAAUGUACUAUUUUAAAGGUAAUUUAAAGGUCAUGUAUUUUGACAUGGCUUAAGACUAUUACCAGGGUAGGGGGGACAGGUCAGGUAUAUUCGGAUUGCUUUGAACAUUAAAUGAACACUCAACAUUUGACGACUUUGUUAUUUUGCUGUUUUUGAGGGAUGACAUUUAAAGUAUGCUAAUAUUUCAACAUAUAUUUUAGAUGGUUUGAUACUUUUUUCAGAUAUUAAUUAAAUUAGAUGGGGAGACAGUCAAAUGGGAGAAACACUGGGAAGGUCAGUGGGAAUGCUCUGCACAGGAAAUACUAAAAUUAAUGGCUGAUGGCAGUGGGUAACCAAAUCAUAGAUU